AUGGGGAGUGGGGGCCUGUUUAUGCGGAUGAGAUUAAUGCAGAUUGUGAGAUUCGGGAAUAUGUCGUUUAAGGAGCUGGAGGAGGAUGGAUUGUGCAAGGCGUUGAGGGCGAAUGCCGAUGCUGUGGUGGGAGAAGGAGGAGGAAGCAAGUUCAAGUUCGAUGAAAGGCACACGAAAGACAUGGAGCUGGACCAAUAG